AUGUUUCGUACAGAAAUCGUUAGCGACACUACUUUUACUGUAUUAAAGCGUUAUGAAGAUCUGAAGGUCAUUGGAGCCGGUUCACAAGGAAUCGUUUGUGCUGCUGAUGACACAAAAACCGGUAAUCGCGUAGCAAUCAAGAAAUUGAGCCGGCCAUUCCAAAAUGUUACGCAUGCCAAAAGAACAUUUCGAGAAUUGGUAUUAAUGUUGAUAAUGAAGCACAAAAAUACUAUUCGUUUGCUGAACUUAUUUACACCAAAUAGAUCGCUUGAAGAAUUUUCGGAAUUAUAUCUUGUAAUGGAGUUGAUGGAUGCCAACUUAUGCCAAGUUAUAAAUUUGGAAUUGGAUCAUGAUCGCAUGUCAUAUUUAAUUUAUCAAUUAUUAUGUGGUCUGAAGUAUUUACACUCCGCUGGCAUUCUACAUCGGGAUUUGAAACCCAGUAACAUUGUCGUCAAAUCCGAUUGUACUUUAAAGAUCCUCGAUUUUGGUUUGGCAAGAAUUACUGGUAAUGAAUUUAUGAUGACACCGUACGUGGUAACACGAUACUAUAGGGCCCCUGAAGUUGUUUUAGGUCUUGGUUAUCAAGAGAAUGUUGAUGUUUGGUCGGUCGGCUGUAUAAUGGGAGAAAUGAUCCGUGGAACGGUACUUUUUCCAGGAGAUGAUCAUCUUGACCAAUGGAAUAAAAUAAUUCAGCAACUUGGUACACCGCCUGAUGACUUCCUAGAUAAACUAGGCCAUUCGACGCGCAAUUACAUCCUAUCUCAACAUGGGAACCGUGCUGGUUUACCGUUUAAAGUUCUUUUCCCUGAUAGUUUAUUUCCAAAUGGGUCAGAAGAUGAUGAUGAUGAUAAUUACACCAAUCAGGCUCGGGAUUUACUGUCAAAGAUGUUAAUAAUGGAUGCAUCAAAAAGGACUUCCGUAGUAGAUGCUCUCCAACAUCCUUACGUUCGUCAGUGGUAUGAUGCAUCCGAAUGUGAAGUGCCACCUCCUACACGCUAUGAUCAUACGAUAGAUGAUGCGAAAUAUCCAGUUGAAAAAUGGAAAGGUAAAGAUUUGCAUCAAGAGAAACUAUUUUUAGAUUUCUGUCCUUAG